AUGGCGAACUAUCCUGACGUCGAUGGGAAUGGCCUAGUUGAUUGGAUCACCAUACCCCUAUUGGAACGACUCGUUUGUCACGACAUUUGGGACGUUGGACUUAUCCCCGCAGAUGUGUUGCGGUCACUGUAUGUUCGUCUACCGGACAAUGCAAUAGACGACCCUGCACAGGCCGAGACGCUUGUCAAGGUCCUGAUGAGCAUCAAGAAGAAGAAAGGUUUCUCUCUCGAGAUCGAAUUUGUUCAAGAGGAGGUCAAAUUAAACUUGUGGGUCCCGUGGAUCGAACUCCUGAGACCUGUUGUCCAAGCAUAUGACCGCGAAGGAGGGUUUUUGCAUUUCCAAUGGAUGCAUCCGAAUCAGGAAUACUGCGAGAUAGAGUUUAAGCUCGCCGACGUGCUCAGAGAUACGAGUGGAAGUGACAAGUGGAGGCAAGAAGCAAGAGAGUAUCUGGACAGUCUGGAUGACUUAAUUUCCAAAGAGGGCCGCGAGGUAAGUGCUUAUUUGACCUCCAGAUGCUGA